CUAUAAAAGAUCAGGUACCGCCAGUCAAGAGCAUCAGUUGAAGCCAAUCAAUUGUGCAGCGCAUUAAGCAUUAAAAACCGGAACCACCAAUCCAGAAUCGAUAUGAAAUUCUUCUCAGUUGUCACCGUCUUCGUGCUGGGUCUGCUCGCUCUGGCCAACGCUGUUCCCCUGUCGCCCGAUCCAGGAAAUGUGGUCAUCAACGGUGACUGCAAAUAUUGCAAUGUCCAUGGCGGCAAGUAGGAAAGUUCUUGCCUGAAAAUCAACAAUAGGCCAUAACUUACCUCCAACCCAAGACACUAUAUUUAUACUACCGAUUUGUACUAAAAUGGAAUUUAGAAUUUAAAAACCAAAAAUAAAUAAGAUCAAAAUCCUA